AUGGGUGUUUGUAAGUGCUACUGGUUGAUCGUUCUCGUUUGUACGUUGCUGAAUAGUGCAAAAUGUGAAGAUAGUUGGUUUCAAAUUGAUGAUGAAGAUGGGAUUUUGUCAGUUCCCGAUUUGAUUAGCAAAUACGGAUACGAGGUAGAAAACCACGCCGUAGCCACAGAAGACGGAUACGAACUGACGAUGUUCCGAAUUUUGCCGCAACAACCACCGGAUACCAGUAAACUUCCCGUUCUAAUGGUUCACGGCCUUUUGGGAAGCUCAGCCGACUUUAUCAUCAUCGGUCCAAACAACAGCCUAGCCUACCUACUCUCCGACAAUGGCCAUGAAGUAUGGCUGGCGAAUGCACGAGGAACACGCUACUCCAAGAAACACUCCACGCUUUCGCUUGAUUCGAAGGAAUACUGGGACUUCUCCUGGCACGAAAUCGGAUACUACGAUCUACCGGCCAUGAUCGAUUACAUUAUCAAUGCAACAAAUGCCAGCAAGCUCCACUACAUUGGAUUCUCUCAAGGAACCACGGUGUACUUCGUGAUGACUUCAACUCGUCCAGACUACAACGACAAGGUAGCUCUCAUGGUAGCUCUUUCGCCCUCCGUAUUUCUCAAACGAGUUCGGAGCCCAUUCAUACGGACAACGGCUCGAUUUUUCGAGAAAUUUAAGAAAUUCCUGGCUUCUCAUAAUGUCUACGAUGUCUUCCCGCACACGGCGAUAUUCCAUCUACUAGCCGGGUCAAUCUGUUCGUACGCAAGUUUUGACGGCUUUUGUCCGGAACUGAUUGGACAACUUGCUGGACCCCAUCCGGAAUCAUACGAUCAGAAGUUGAUAACCGCAUACAUUGGCCACACCCCGGCUGGUGCCUCAAUCAAACAAUUCACCCACUUCGGGCAGGUCAUCCAGAGUGGUCUCUUUCGAUGGUACGACUACGGUCGGGAAGGCAAUAUACGAUUAUACGGAUCCGGAAAACCACCGACCUAUGACCUAACGCUGUCAAGUGCUCCGGUUUUGCUGUAUUACGGCCUGAACGAUUGGCUCAUACAUCCACGAGAUGUACAGGACGUUGCCGAAAUGCUUCCACGGGUGCUCGCCACAAAACCCGUAGCGGAUAAAAAAUUCAAUCAUUUAGACUUCAUUCUAGCGAAGAACGUGCGCUCUCUAGUGUACGAUCAGUUGAUCCAGAUACUCGAAGAGUUCAAUUGA